AGUCCGCUGCGAGCGCCGAGUCAGCUGAUCUUGGAGUUUUCGCUGCGUGCCUACGGCUCAGGGUUCUCCGGUCCCACCGCCCCUGCCGCCGCCGCAGCCGCCGCCACCAUGUCGUUCUUCCCGGAGCUUUACUUCAAUGUGGACAAUGGCUACUUGGAGGGACUUGUGCGCGGCCUGAAGGCCGGAGUGCUCAGCCAGGCGGACUACCUCAACCUGGUGCAGUGCGAAACGCUCGAGGACCUGAAGCUGCACCUGCAGAGUACUGACUACGGCAACUUCCUGGCCAACGAGGCGUCACCACUGACAGUGUCAGUGAUUGAUGACCGGCUUAAGGAGAAGAUGGUGGUGGAGUUCCGCCACAUGAGGAACCAUGCCUAUGAGCCACUUGCCAGCUUCCUGGAUUUCAUUACUUACAGCUACAUGAUUGACAAUGUGAUCCUACUCAUCACGGGCACGCUGCACCAGCGCUCUAUUGCUGAGCUUGUGCCCAAGUGCCACCCACUGGGCAGCUUUGAGCAGAUGGAGGCCGUGAACAUUGCUCAGACACCUGCGGAACUCUACAAUGCCAUUCUGGUGGACACGCCCCUGGCGGCUUUUUUCCAGGACUGCAUCUCAGAGCAAGACCUUGAUGAGAUGAACAUUGAGAUCAUCCGCAACACGCUCUACAAGGCCUACCUGGAGUCCUUCUACAAGUUCUGCACCCUCCUAGGCGGGACCACAGCUGAUGCCAUGUGCCCUAUCCUGGAGUUUGAAGCAGACCGCCGCGCCUUCAUUAUCACCAUCAAUUCCUUUGGCACAGAGCUGUCCAAGGAGGACCGUGCUAAGCUCUUUCCGCACUGUGGGCGGCUCUACCCAGAGGGCCUGGCGCAGCUGGCUCGGGCUGAUGACUAUGAGCAGGUUAAGAACGUGGCUGACUACUACCCGGAGUACAAACUGCUUUUCGAGGGUGCAGGCAGCAACCCUGGAGACAAGACCCUGGAAGACCGAUUCUUUGAGCAUGAGGUGAAACUGAACAAAUUGGCCUUCUUGAACCAGUUCCACUUUGGUGUCUUCUACGCCUUUGUGAAGCUCAAGGAACAGGAGUGUCGCAACAUUGUGUGGAUUGCUGAGUGCAUUGCCCAGCGCCACCGCGCCAAGAUUGACAACUACAUCCCCAUCUUUUAGCACCCUGGCCCAAGCCCCUCACAAGUGUGUGUCUGUGUGUGUUGUGACCAAGGCCACAGCACACCUGCCUGCCCUGGGGGUAGCACAUUGUCCUAGUGACUGCACAGCUUCCCUGAUCUUCUAAGACUGCUCUUGGGCCUGAAAAGGGGCUGGGUACCUACUCCCCCACCAAGGAUAGACCAAGUCCCCUUCCAGAUUAGAGAUGACUCCCUCAGCGCUGUUUACAGCCUCUAACAUGUCUAAGAAGCAUGUGGUCACUUUUGUGCCCCUUCCUAAUCUGAGAACCCCUGGGGGCAGUCUGAGUCUCCUCUCCCUUCUGUGGGUCGCCCCCAGAGCCAUGGCCCAGAGGAAAUAGUGUGUGUAUGUCCUUGGGGAAUACGGGAAGUAGCUGUACAUCUCUCUCUUGGCUCUGCCCCUCUGAACAAUAAACCGCCCUCUGUAAGCCUGGC